CUGUUGUGGUACAUAUAACUAGAGAGGGUUGUCGUUUGUUAUCGACAACACUGCAUUCAUCGCAAGUCCAGAUCAGAAUAAAUUCUUCUUUGACAAAAUAUCCACAAUCAGAAUGGCCGCUGAAUCAAGUCCGUUUCCCCUCCUCGUCUCCGAAGCCAAACUCCUCCUCACGAACCCCUAUCCACCAACCGAGACUGGCUAUGCCGUAAAUUCUGAAGGCAUGCACCAUAUUGCCGCCACAACAUAUAUGCCAAAUUGUACUUCUGAAAUGAUAGCCUGGUGGUUCGGCUGGAUCGAGGAUACCGAGAAAUAUAAACUCUGGCACCCUCUCGAUCACGUUUUUUCUUCUAGGGAGGGUCCUAGCAAUAAUGACUCGAUGUACAUAGAUAGCCACCAUUUGGUACACGAAUACAUUGGUGGUCACCUUGCGAAGCUGAAAAUAAGCUUUGUUUCUCCCGAGAAAUAUUUUGGGACGGAGUGGGAAGAGGAUUUCAAGAAGGAAGGAUAUGAACUGGCAGUCUGUGCACGUGUUGGAAAUUGGGAUGAUGAAACGAAUGAAGUGAUCUAUAAUGGUCAUCUGAUUCAUUUGAUUAAGAAGGAGAAGUUGGGAGUAAGGAUGAGGAGUCGAUUCUGGUUAGGUGAUGUGGAAGGAGUGGAGGAUGCUCAAGUGAGGAUGGAACUGGUCCCGGACUUUUUGCCAAAGGGUUUGUGUCAACAUGCCACAGAAGAAAUGACAAUUCUUGCGGGAGUACUGCCUGGCCUGUAUGAGAAGUUCUCCAAGAAGAGUGGGGAUAAGGGAGAGUUGAAACUUUAAAGUGUCCAUGGAUGCGAGUUUGCUGGUGAACCUCUAAGGUUCUAUAACGACGACUAUAAAAUAGUUACAGCAAACAUUCGCACUGAUUGCAUUUCCAGCAUGAUGUAUAUCAUUAAGGCUAAUUUUGCGCCAUUUCACU